AGGUGCGGUGCGGUGCGCUGCUGCUGCAGGGGAGCUCCGUCCACAGCCUGCAGUGCUGAUGUGCGGCUGCCUUAUUUGUCUUCUGGCAGCUCCACUUUCCACAUCUAAUUCCAUUUGCAAGUCCACAGAGGAAUUCAUUAAAGGGGGGGGCGACCUCCCUGCAGGCGGUAGGUGAAGCAGGCUAGGUACACUGUGCGUCUGUGAACUGAGAUGGGGAAGGUGCUAAUUCACUUCUAUCUACAUUGUUUCUGGAGAUGCAGGUGCCUACUGAGGAUGUCCUUUUACUGACUGGGUAGACGCAUUUAGGUUUCAGGAUGCGCUCCCUGAAGAAGACUGUGUUGCUCGCCAUCCUAGUGUCUGUGGUGCUGGUACUGGCCCUCCUCCAUUCGUGGCCCACUCGGGCUUACACUACAGUGGAUGUGUGGCAGCGACAGGGGCCAAUAGUAGAGAGGCAUCUAGGGGAGAGGCUCCCAGAACCAGACCACCGAUUAGGAAACAUACCCUUUCAUGUGAGGGACAAUGUGGCAAGCUUGUUGGCACGUAACGGAUGCGUAUGUGAGGGUGAGAGUGGAGGAGUAAACUUCCCCUUCGCCCAACUUCUGUUCCCACGGGUGUCAGCUCACCCGCUGCACACUGCCUUUGAGGCCUCUGAGCUGGAGGAAAUGAAGAGGAGACGGGCCAAAGAGUACAAGAGUUUCCAGGAGAGGUCACAGACACCUUCAGAUGUUCUCAUUAUCGCAGAGGCCAACAAUCCCCUACAGUAUCCAACACAGGGGGUUGAGGUACGGCCGCUGAGAACAAUCAUCAUCCCAGGCUUGGCCUUACACAGCCUUCCCAGAGACCACUACUCAAUAAACAUCAGUGCCGCGCUGGGAACGCUAAACGUGGCAGCAGAGGUGGACGGGAUCAAAAUCAAAGGGGAUGGCGAGAUGCACAUGAGUCUGUCAAGCAGCCACCUGUCCAACCUAAACCGACAACUGCAGUUUGUCACCUACACAAACACACUGUUCCACCCUAACACAGCAGACACAGUGCAGUUGGAGACAGAGGGGCAUCAAGCCAGCUUCAGUAUCAAGAUUCGUCAUGGUAUAACACCCAAACUAUAUAACACAGGAUCCAAAGGAGAGUACAACAUCAGUGCCCUCGUAACCAUAGCUACAAAGACUUUCCUGCGUUAUGAUAAGCUUCAAGAUCUUAUCAACAGCGUGAGAAGAUACUAUCCAACGGUCACUAUAGUAAUCACUGAUGACAGCGAAAACCCCCAAACCAUUUCGGGGCCUUACAUCGAACAUUACAUCAUGCCUUUUGGAAAGGGGUGGUUUGCUGGACGAAACCUGGCAGUCUCUCAGGUGACCACAAAGUAUGUGCUGUGGGUGGAUGAUGACUUCAUCUUCACAGCCAACACCAAGCUGGAAAAACUGGUGGAUGUUUUAGAGAGAACCACUCUGGAUCUGGUGGGUGGUGCAGUGCGGGAGGCCACAGGUUACACUGCCACCUACAGACAGACCAUCUCCAUUGAGUCAGGGAAGGAGGAUGGUGACUGUUUACACAUGAGGAGAGGAUUUCAUCACAUCAUCCAGGGCUUCCCUAACUGUGUUGUGACUGAUGGGGUCAUCAACUUCUUCCUAGCUCGUACCGACAAAGUCCAGCAGGUUGGCUUUGACCCGCGCCUUGCAAGGGUAGCUCACCUAGAGUUUUUCAUCGAUGGCCUGGGUUCUCUCCACGUGGGUUCUUGUGAUGAUGUUAUUGUCAACCAUGCAACCAAAAUCAAACUUCCCUGGGUCAGCCAAUCAGAGAGCGACAAGACUUACGCCAAGUUUCGUUACCCACCGGCGUCCUCUGAUGCCACACACACAAAAAACGGCCUCCUGUUCUUCAAGAACCGAUUUCAGUGUUUGACUCAUAAUUAGUUCCUCUUAACCCUGAGUGUUCCUCUGCUCCUCCUGAGUUGCCAAAGAAGUUCUCCUCCGCCCCGUCCUGUCAGAUAAGAUUUUAGAAACAUACUUUGGUUUGCCUUUUCUCAAAAAUCUUCACAAGAGGUUUCAGGCUUCAACAUAGAGAUGUUCCAUUAGAGCAGUUUUUAACAUGUUUAUUCGGUCAGUGUUAAAAAGAAAGUCCUGAUACACAGUAAAGAUCCAGAAGCUGGAUAGGACAAUCCAUUCUCUCUAGAGAGUUGAGAACGAGCUGUAAUAACAAACACAGACCUAGUUAUAUGAGAGCAUAAAUUGGAUUAAUUCGAGGCUUUUUGUUUGUCAAAUCUUAUCUGGAUUUACAUCCUUGAGUUGUUCUAACAGAGACUGAGCUUUGGGUAAACCAAACAGGUAGCAUCUUUACUGACUCACUUCAUUGUCAUUCUAGGCUAACGUGAGCAGAGGUUCAAGUGUCCACUUUCAAUUUGCACUAUCCAAAAACAAGACUGAGCUUGAAAAAGCAAUAGUGACAUCUCAUAGCCUGAGGACGACGGGAAACUUUACAGACAGUGGCAUUCCUGCAGAAACAGCGCAGUAUACUUUUUACAGAUGCCACAUGAAGAACGCAGUCAGAACCUUUCCACCUGUGGUACCUGCGCUCUGUGAUUGACUGGUCGUGCCGAAGGUUCGGCUGCUGGUUUUUGUGUGUUUUUAUCUCUUUGUGUCUUUGGUUUUGCUACCCCUCUUUACCCAGAAUGUGCCGUUUGUGAGCGAUCAAUUACAUCUAAGCAGGACAAACUUGCGAUCCCAUCACAUCUGGUGUUACCUGACCUGGGAGCAGCCUUGUUUUUUGUUGUAUGCUGUCUUAUACUUUGAACCACAAGAAGAACAGCGCUUCUGUCCAGUGUAUGCUGAUGAGAAACAAUGAUUCAUUACAUGCUAAAAACCCUAAAAAUAAAAGUGCAUGUUUAUUUUCCCUCAUUAUAAGAGAAGAAAUUAGGCAAAAAACAAGCAUAUUGAGACAGAAUUAAUGAAAGUUUGGUGAUAAAUUAACAUCCUAAAAAAAAGUGAGUAGUCAGAGCAUGAGAGGGAAAUUGAGAGAGACAAAGUAAAUGAGAGACGUUAGACGAAGUAUUUAUACUGACUCUUUGGAGAGUUACUGUAUGUCCGACUGACACUCAUGCCUGAAGUGAUGAUGCUGUUGUUAUAUACCAUGGCCUUAAGAUGGCACCCUUGUAUCACUAUAGUUUCCUAUUAUUCUUUUAAAGCCAGGUUAAGCGGUUUUCUGGAAAAGGC